AUGGCGCCAGGCCUUGUCGAAACAACCGCUACCAACACCGGGCCAGCAUCAUUACAGUCCCUGACUGAAGAUUACGAUGACACACUCCGCUUCUAUCUCAAUGGAACAAAGGUCCAGUUGGACACAGUCGACCCUGAGAUCACCCUGCUCGAAUACCUGAGGGGAAUAGGCCUGACAGGCACAAAACUGGGCUGUGCAGAAGGUGGAUGCGGAGCAUGUACGGUGGUGGUUUCGCAGUUGAAUCCUACCACUGGAAAGAUAUAUCAUGCCUCAGUCAACGCUUGUCUGGCUCCGCUGGUCAGCGUGGAUGGGAAACAUGUCAUUACAGUCGAGGGCAUUGGAAAUUCAAAGAGUCCGCACCCUGUACAACAACGCAUUGCUGUGGCGAGUGGGAGCCAAUGUGGGUUCUGCACACCUGGAAUCGUCAUGAGCUUAUAUGCGUUGCUGAGAAACAACGGGCCUGAGGCGAGCGAGACUGAAGUGGAAGAAGCAUUUGAUGGGAACCUAUGUCGCUGCACUGGCUACAGACCAAUCUUGGAUGCCGCUCAAAGCUUCAAGAAGACGUGUGGAAAGUCGCUAGCCAACGGUGGAUCAGGAUGCUGUAUGGACUCUGGCAGCGGUGGUGGAUGUAACGGAGCAAAUGGUGUUGCUGAUACCACCGCUGACAAGAAAUUCACCCCUCCGGCCUUCAUCCAUUACGACAAGUCUACAGAACUGAUUCACCCUCCGGCCUUGAGUAAGCACGAGUUCAAACCCCUAGCCUUCGGUAACAAAAGAAAGAAGUGGUAUCGUCCAGUCACCCUCCAACAACUCCUUGAGAUCAAGAAUGCCUAUCCAGGUGCAAAGUUGAUUGGCGGCAGCACGGAGACUCAAAUCGAGAUCAAGUUCAAGGCAAUGCAGUACUCUGCCUCGGUCUACGUUGGUGAUGUUGCCGAAUUGCGGAAGUACUCUCUUCACGAUGACUACCUGGAAAUCGGUGGCAAUGUGGCACUCACUGACCUGGAAAACAUCUGCGACGAGGCUGUCAAGCAUUACGGUCCAGCCAAAGCUCAGCCAUUCGUGGCCAUCAAGAAAGCUAUCAGAUAUUUCGCUGGCCGACAGAUACGAAACGUCGGAACCCCGGCGGGUAAUCUAGCUACAGCAUCCCCAAUCUCAGAUCUCAACCCAGUAUUCGUGGCUACAAAGUCCACGCUGAUCGCCAAGUCGCUCAAGGAGACGACUGAGAUCCCCAUGUCAAGCUUCUUCAAGCGCUAUCGAGUGACCGCAUUGCCCGAGGACGCUAUCAUCGCGGCAAUGAGGAUCCCAGUCGCAAGUGAAAUCGGUGAAUAUGUGCGGAGCUACAAGCAAUCGAAGAGAAAGGAUGACGAUAUAGCCAUCGUCAAUGCCUGUCUAAGAGUUGCCCUGGACGAUUCUUACAAGGUUAAAGAUGCGGAGCUAGUGUAUGGCGGCAUGGCUCCCAUCACCAUUCAAGCAAAACAAGCAAAUGAAUACAUCAUCGGAAAGACAUUUACUGACCCGCAGACCCUCGAAGGAGUAAUGAACGCUCUAGAGAAAGAUUUCAAUCUCCCAUUUGGCGUUCCGGGUGGCAUGGCAACAUACCGAAAAUCCCUCGCCAUUGGGUUCUUCUACCGUUUCUACCAGGAUGUGCUGCUGGGACUUGAGGAAACCAGUCAAACCGUUGAUAAAGAGGUUAUCGAGGAGAUUGAGAGAGAUAUCUCGACGGGAAACAAAGAUCUCGAGAGCUCUGUUGCCUAUUCUCAGAAAAUCCUCGGAAAGGGAAAUCCUCAUGUAGCAGCUCUGAAACAAUGUACGGGUGAGGCUCAAUAUACGGAUGAUAUUCCACUCCAGAGGAAUGAGCUCUACGGCUGUCUAGUGCUGUCUACGAAGGCCCAUGCCAAGCUACUCAGCGUUGACGCUAGCCCGGCCUUGGACCUGCCGGGCGUGGUUGACUGGGUUGAUAGGAACGACAUUAGCAAGGAAGCAAAUUGGUGGGGCGCACCUGUCUGCGAUGAAGUCUUCUUUGCUGAAGAUGAGGUUUUCACAGCUGGUCAGCCUAUUGGCAUGAUCUUAGCCAACACUGCUAGUCAAGCUGAAGCUGGUGCACGAGCAGUCCUCGUUCAAUACGAAGAAUUACCCGCUAUCUUCACUAUCGAGGAAGCUAUCGAGAAGCAAAGCUUUUUCGAGCAUUAUCGAUAUAUUCACAAGGGCGAUGUGGAAGAGGCAUUCAAGAAUUGCGACUUUGUGUUUGAAGGAACUACCCGAAUGGGAGGGCAAGAACAUUUCUAUCUCGAGACCAAUGCCGCGCUAGCCAUUCCCAAGCCCGAAGAUGGUGAGAUGGAAAUCUGGAGUAGUACGCAGAACCCGACGGAGACGCAAGCAUACGUGGCGAAGGCUCUUGGAGUGCAGUCGAAUAAGGUCGUGUCUAAAGUUAAGCGACUCGGCGGUGGGUUUGGAGGCAAGGAAACGAGAUCAAUCCAACUUUCGACAAUCUGCGCUGUUGCUGCGAAGAAAGCCCGUCGUCCAGUCCGAUGCAUGCUCAAUCGAGAUGAAGACAUCAUGACGUCUGGCCAACGACAUCCAUUCUUGGGCAUCUGGAAAGUUGGUGUGAAUAAGGACGGCAAAUUGCAAGCCUUGAAGGCGAAUGUCUUCAACAACGCAGGCUGGUCGCAGGAUCUUUCUGCUGCAGUUGUCGACAGAGCUUUGUCCCACAUCGACGGAUGUUACAACAUUCCAAACGUCGACGUCGACGGUCGAUUAUGUAAGACCAACACUGUGUCCAACAGCGCAUUCCGAGGCUUUGGAGGCCCACAGGGCAUGUUCAUUGGCGAGUCGAUCAUGGAAGAGGUUGCCGAUCAUCUCAAGAUCCCAGUGGAGAAACUCCGCGAGAUCAAUUUCUACAAAGACGCUGAAGAAACACACUUCAACCAAGCCUUGGAAGAUUGGUAUGUGCCACUGAUGUACAAACAAGUACAAGAGUCAGCCAACUACGCCGAGCGCCGAAAAGCUGUUGAUGAAUUCAACGCCUCGCACAAAUGGCAGAAGAAAGGACUGGCCCUCAUUCCCACGAAGUUCGGUAUCUCCUUCACCGCUCUCUUCCUGAAUCAAGCCGGCGCGCUCGUGCAUGUCUACCACGACGGCUCCGUUCUCGUCGCGCACGGCGGCACAGAAAUGGGUCAAGGUCUACACACGAAGAUCUGCAUGAUCGUCGCCGAAGCACUGCAGGUACCUCUUUCCGAAGUCCACAUCUCCGAAACCUCCACCAACACCGUCGCAAACACCUCGUCUACCGCGGCCUCCGCCUCCUCCGACCUCAACGGCUAUGCGGCCUACAACGCGUGCCAACAGAUCAACGAGCGCCUGGCACCCUAUCGCGAAAAACUGGGACCGGACGCAACAAUGAAACAACUCGCGCAUGCCGCAUACUUCGACCGCGUCAACCUGUCUGCCAACGGCUUCUACCGCACGCCCGACAUCGGCUACACGUGGGGCCCGAACCCAGCAGACCCAUCCGCCGAAAACACAGGCAAGAUGUUCUUCUACUUCACACAGGGCGUGACUGCCAGCGAAGUCCUCAUCGACACACUCACCGGCGACUGGACGGUUUUGCGCACGGACAUCAAAAUGGACGUCGGCCACUCCAUCAACCCGGCGAUCGACUACGGCCAGAUCGAGGGCGCGUACGUCCAGGGCCAGGGACUGUUCACGACCGAGGAAUCCCUGUGGCACCGCGCGUCCGGGCAGAUCUUCACGCGUGGGCCGGGCGCCUAUAAGAUCCCCGGGUUCCGCGACAUUCCGCAGGUCAUGAAUGUGAGUCUGUUGAAGGACGUGGAGUGGAAGAAUCUUCGUACGAUCCAGCGCUCCAGAGGUGUCGGGGAGCCGCCGUUGUUCAUGGGCAGUGCCGUCUUCUUCGCCAUUAGGGAUGCACUGAAGGCCGCGAGGGCCCAGUAUGGCGAGGACGAGGUGUUGAGUCUGAGGAGUCCCGCGACGCCGGAGAGGAUCAGGAUUAGUUGUGCAGAUCCGAUCCUCAAGAGGUCUGUCGUGGUGCCGAGGGAGGGUGAGAAGAGUUUCUUUGUUAGUAUUUGA